AUGGACUCAGACCACAGCCAAGUUCCCUCGCCCACGUCGCAGCGGCCCUCCCCGGACAAGCCCGAAUCUUCCAGCUCAUCGCCACCACCUGAUGGCGGACCAAAGGCCUGGUCGUCAGUGCUCGGCGCCUGGUGCUGUCUCUUCUGCAGCUACGGCUGGAUCAACUGCAUCGGCAUAUUCGAGAACCAGUACCAGCAGAACCAGCUGCGCGACUACCCGCCCUCUACAGUGGCAUGGAUCACCUCUGUCGAGACCUUUGUCAUGUAUGCGAGCAUGCCCAUGCAGGGAAAGCUCUACGACACAUACGGCCCCGUGCCACUCGUUUUCGGCGGAAGCCUAGUGCACGUCUUCGGGCUCAUGAUGGCUUCGCUGGGAACCCAAUACUACCAGAUUCUGUUGGCACAGUCCAUCUGUAGCGCUCUGGGGGCUGCUGCUGUCUUCUCGGCUGCCGUAGGUCCGGUCGGGUCGUGGUUCAUGAAGCGACGCGCUCUGGCAUUUGGGAUUGUCGCCUCUGGCUCAUCACUAGGCGCCGUCAUCUUGCCUAUCAUGAUCACCCGUCUGGGGCCGCAGAUAGGCUUCCCAUGGGCGAUGCGCAUCUGUGCCUUUGUUUUCCUCUUCCUGCUAUGCAUAGCCUGCCUAACCCUCCGGUCGCGCAACCCGCCCAAGCCGACGCCCUGGAGUCUCAUGGCGUUCAUCAAGCCCCUGCGGGAACGCGCUUUCAUCUUCAAUGCCACAGGCCUCGCCUUCUUCUCCGGCGGCAUGUUCAUAGCCUUCAACUUUCUCGUACUGGAAGCCCAGCAUCGAGGCAUGGGCGCAGACCUGGCCAAUUACCAGAUUGCGAUUCUCAACGGUGUUAGCGUCUUCGGUCGCAUCAUCCCGGGGUACCUGGGUGACAAGCUGGGGCGGUUUAACGUCAUGAUUCUCACCACUUUCCUCUCUGCACUGCUGGUGUUCGCACUCUGGAUCCCAGCACCCGACGGCAGCACCGGUGCCACUAUUGCAUUUUCUUCCUUGUUCGGGUUUACUUCUGGCACAUUCGUGGGGAUGACACCGGCCUUGGUGCAGCAGAUAUCGCUGAACGAGGAGAUGGGAGUCCGACUGGGCACCACGUUCGGGGUUAUUAGCAUAAUGACCCUCAUCACCAACCCCAUAGCGGGAGCGCUUAUCACGAGGGAUGACGGCGGGUAUCUGUAUCUGAAGAUUUUCUGUGGCUUGUCCAUGAUGACGCGAGGCAAAAAGCUUCGUCAGGUAGCCAUUCCAGAGACCCUUGAGCAAAAGAGCCGAGUCAAACUGUUCUCGAACUGGGCAUCUGUUGAAGAUUCGUGGACUGACGUACCCCAAUACUCGUACUGCAAGGCUCCCGAUCAAGCCCCUGCAAGCACAGCAAUGCGAACCCCAGAGAGCAGCGACAAGGCGUUCAAGCCAGCCCAGAUCGACCUCUACGGGCCCGAGCACGGUGAUAAUAUUCGAACCAUUCCCGAGCUCAUACAGUACAAUGCCGAAGUGAAUCCAGACGCCCUGUUCUGCCUCCAGGCGCUGAAGCCAUCAUCCCCUGUCGUGGGUGACGAUCGGACCAAUGGCCAAUCCCAGACCACUGUUACGAUGCGGGAGCUGCGAGAUGCCAUAUGGAGGUGCUCGCAGAGGCUCAAAAGAGAGUUUGCGAAUCCCCAAAGCGACGGGGGCGAUGGAGGAGAGACGAUGAGAGAUGCACCGGUCGCACUCUUCAUGGACAGCGACCUGGAUCUGCUUAUCCACCUGUUCUCCCUUAUGUCGCUGGGGAUCCCCGUUGCGUUACUUUCUGCUCGCCUGAGUCCUGUGGCCGUGGAGCAUCUCCUCGGGUCCAUCCAUGCGCAAGCAAUUAUAACAUCGGCCCGUCUGAUUCACAUCGUUGACCGUGGGAAAGAGGCAGAAAAGGCUGCCGCGGUGAAGAUACUCAUCGGGGCGUCUUUUCAGAAUGACCUCGGUACUGCCGAGGUUAUCAGCCCGCCUGCGGGCAUCAACAUAUGUGCGCCGGGCCACUACGUCGGCCCCAAAGACCGCAACGUCCUCAUCCUGCACUCGUCCGGCACCACGGGCCUGCCGAAAGCCAUUCGGCAGCCUCACAAGUAUCUCGUGGGCUUUGCCAAAUGCCACGCACCGAACGAGAUCGAGGACAUCGGGGCGUUGAACAUGUCAACCCUCCCCUUGUACCACGGCUUUGGGCUCCUCGUGCCCUGCCUUGCGCUAGGCGUCGGAAAGCCGUUCUGGGUGCCCCCUCCGCACGUCGUACCGACCGGACUAUCGACGGCGACAGCCCUGAAACAAACGGGUGCCAGGUCACUGAUGACGGUCUCGCAUAUCCUAGAUGAGAUCUGCGAACUGGAUCGGGACCAGGGCAUCUUGUCACUCACGCCUUUGCAGUUCGUCGCGUGCGGGGGCGGGCCCCUGAAGUUGGAAACGGCCGAGAAGCUGGCGGCGGCGGGCGUCAAGUUGGUCGCUCAUUUCGGUACAACAGAGACUGGGCCACUGGCGCCGCUCUUUGCCCCAACUCCGGACGACGACUGGCGAUACUGGCGGCUGAGGACCGAUAUUCGAGUCCACGUUGACACCGUUGGCAAAGAGUUCUCGGCAGACGGUACCGAGCUGACAAUCCACCAGCUGACGAUGACUCCGUUCGGUUGGGAAACGCCUUUUGUGUUGCAAGACCGGCUUAUCACAAGCCAACGACGUCCUGGAAAGGAGUUCAAAGCCAUAGGUCGCACGGACGACCUCGUUGUCCUUGCCACAGGAGAGAAGGUUCAACCACGUAUCCUCGAAGCAGCGCUGGAAGAAAACCCCAUGGUGAGAAGCGCAGUGGCAUUCGGCAAUGGGCAGUUCGAGCUAGGCGUUAUCGUCGAGCCGACCACAUCACCGGGCGAUAUUGGCGCAUUCAAGGAAUCCAUCUGGCCCGCGAUCGUUGAAGCGGGUAAGCAAAUGGACAGCCACGCGCAGCUGUCGUCUACUGCUAGCAUCGUAGUACUCGAUCAUGAUCAGACUCUCCCGCGCUCGGACAAGGGAGCAAUCCUCAGGAAGACCGUCUACGAGAAGUUUGAGCCCGAGAUCAGCGCCGCGUAUGAGGCCAUGCAGAAUAUAUUGGUUGAUACCCCUGGACUGACAUUGGAUGCUGACGAACUGGAGGCGGGCCUUCUGGAUAUCAUCCGCACGGAGUUCCACAGCGUGGUUGCCGCCGGGGACUUGGGGGUGGACGAUGACCUCUUUGAGCUGGGCAUGGACUCCCUCCAGGCCGUACGCCUUCGGAGGGCCAUACAAAGGUCCUUGGGUGAUGGCACGAACCUCCUGAGUCGCGGCCAGAUCACGAAGGAUUUCAUUCACCAACAUCCCACCGUGACUCGAUUAGCAGAGGCACUCCACGGCUCGAGGUCCCGAGGUGUCCCGGAUGAUAAUAUGAUCGACCAAUACGUAUUUCGAUACAGGCUCCCAGAGUCUAGCAAACGUCAAGUCAUUCUAUUGACUGGGAGCACCGGGAGCCUGGGCUCAUAUCUGCUCGCCCAUCUUGUCACACUGCCCGACGUUGCCCGAGUCAUAUGUCUUCGCCGACAAUCUGGGCCAGCAGUGAUUCACACCGUCAGUGACGAACUGAUAGCGGACCAGCUUCAAAAAGCAGAGUCCAAAGGCGCCGUGAUCCCACCUGAGUACCGCUCCAAGGUCGAGGUAUUGCAGGCAGACCCAUACAAGCACCAACUCGGGCUCGAGCACGCAGCAUACCUUGACGUGAGCAACAGCAUCACACACAUCAUCCAUGCCGCAUGGCCAAUGGACUUCCAAAGGACGCUCGCCUCCUUCAAGUCGCAGUUCCAAUUCCUGCAUAACCUCCUAGCCUUAGCACGCGAUGCUCACGCGGUCCAGAGGCCGCUUAAGCCCCGACUGCUCUUCGUGUCAUCCAUAGCCGUGGUGGGGCAGUUCUUCCACGCCCAUGGCUCGCACAUCGUACCGGAGAAGUUCAUGGACGACACGAAGAGCACAAACGACUUCGGCUAUGGGAAGGCGAAGCUGGUCUGCGAGCGCGUCCUGGAAGAUGCGGCAGAGCGGUUUGUCGACGAGAUCGAGGUCGCAUGUGUGCGCGUGGGGCAGCUGUCGGGGGCCCAGGGAAGUAGCUUCUGGAAUACCAAGGAGCAUUUCCCGGCUCUUGUCAAGCUGUCGCAGAAGAUAGGGGUCUUACCUCGUCUCGAAGGGACUGUAUCAUGGCUGCCAGUCGAUCAGGCAGCCAAAGCAAUGUCCGAGAUCCUCCUCUCAGCCAACCCGCUACGUCCUGUGUACCACGUCGAGAACCCAGUCCGGCAGGACUGGCAGCCGAUCAUGGCGACAAUUGCUCACGAGAUGGGCCUCGCGCCCUCUGCUUUCGUUGCCUUCCCAGAGUGGGCGGAAGACGCAGGCAAAGUAGAGAGUGACGGUCCCGGGACUGAAGAGACCCAGCUGCUCAUCGACUUUCUCAAACAAGACUUCCGGCACAUGUCGAGCGGCGGCGUGAUUCUGGAUUCGUUUUGGUCACGGCAAGUAUCGCCCACACUGCGGGAUUCUGCCAUUGUUGGGAGCGGCCUGGUGGCGCAAUACUUGCACAAUUGGAAGCGCAUCGGGUAUCUCAAUUGA